GUGAAAACGAGAGAACUCUAACGAGCGUCCAAAGUGCUCUCCGCGAGAACUAUGAAAGUAUCCAUUAGCCAAGAACUCGGCUCCCUGUGUUUUUCUGUUGACUGUGAUCAUUCUGUUUAAAUAUUCGCGUAAAAUACGCGUUUUUGGUUUCCUUAUUUGUUUUAAAGGUUAAAAUUCGCGGAAUUGGGCAAGAACAAAGUUUUAGAAGGAGUGUUCGUUGUCAUAUUCUUUCGAACGACGCGAUUCUCUUCGUUUCCUCCAUCACGACUUGGGUUAUUUCAUGAAGCUCGUUUAAUACUGUAAUUUUGGUUGUUCUGGUUUAACAUUCUUAAAUACAACUCUUUGUCUAUCAUCAUGGAUGAUGGAGUCGUUUGGAAUGCGUCUCAUACACUAAACAAUAAGCAUUCUUACUGCUACUGUGGUGCCGACAGGAACCUUUGUGUGCCGGAUUUGCAAUGCUCCUCAUGUCAUAAUAUGUUUCACUUACAAUGUUUGACGCCUCCUUGCACGUCUAUGUUGGGAUUCAGUACGAAUUACCGGUUCCUGUGUAAGAAUUGCUCUGAAGGUGGGAUUGAACAAUUGGAAAGAGGAGUUUCUGCUUGGAAAGCUGUCACAGCAACUGCAAUGGCGAAUCUUGUCGUCAAUAAGUUUCGUGAAAUGCGUCCAACAGAGCCCUUGGAUUAUUUCAGUGCUAAAAAUAUGCAAAAUUUUAAAGCGAAUACAUUCUUUUUUCAAAAAAAGGUCGACUUGAUUCCAUACGUGGAAGCGAAUUGGCACCUGCUCUGUCCAGACCGUGAAAAAGUGCAAACAUGGCAGGCAACGCUUGGCAGUUGUCUUGUUGCGAAUAAAGAUACUUACCGCGCGAAGGAUGAGUCUCAGAGAAAUCAGAUAUCAGAAUAUGCUUUAGCCAACCCGAACCUCUUUGAGUUUCGGUCGGGCUACAUCUCUCCCUUCCAAAAAAUUGGAGCGGUUGUGCCUAUGAAGCGUUACAUUGACUCGGAUCAUAUGAGUCAUUUACAACGAGCUAAAAAAGAAGCGAAAGAAUACAACAAACGUGAACCGAAAAAGGCUGCCUUACCGCCGCCCCCUCCAAAAAGACAAGAAGUUGUCAUCAGUGUGCCAAUUAGAUACAAUCCACCUCCAUGGAAACCAUCUGACUUCGAUGCUAUGCCAAAACCGCCCAUGUUUUCGCCAACUCACACUUCAGCGAAUGGAAAUACUUUCUUUACAGUGGCGGACAUUCCCUUUAACCGUCCUGGCUUUCGAUACACUAUGUGUGAGGCCGCUCGAUCACUGCCGAGUAUCAUGUAUCGACAAAUUGAGUUGCCCCCUUAUAGAGCUCGCAUUAAUUGGCACGACACAUCUGAGCCGUUGCUCGUGGACUCUACGGCGAUGGCUGCGUAUGUCAAAAGGGGUUUCCGAAUGGCACGGGCAAACGUUUUUGUGAACAGUGGAGAAUGGUAUUUUGAAGUUAGAAUUGAAAAAGGAGGCGGUGAAGAUGGUGCACAUGUUCGUGUGGGCGUUGCCCGACGUGAAGCGCCGUUGGAUGCGCCUGUUGGUUAUGAUGCAUACUCUUAUGGUUUGAGGGAUACGGGUGGACAAUGCGUUCAUUUGUCACGGCCGACGGAUUUUAUGAAACCUUUCGGAACAGGCGAUGUACUUGGAUUUCACAUAUGUUUACCUACAAAAAAAAGGGCGGCGAAUGUUGAUCUUCCUGUGUACCGUGAUCGUAUUCCCAUUCGUUACAAAGGACAACUUUACUUUGAACAAUUAGACUAUAUACCGUCAAAAUCAAUGGACGAUUUACUCGUGCCCUUGCCUUCGCGACCACAAUUGAAUGCAGCCAGUAUUCCUGGAUCUUUUAUUAAAGUCUAUAAAAACGGUGUUUUGAUGGGGACGGCGUUCAGUGAUCUGCUCGAUUUCCGACCACCUCAUUCCGCCAAUGCAAAUCAUAUGUCUUUCGAUGAUGGACAACUGGGUUAUUUCCCAGCAAUAAGUAUGUUUGGGGGCGGAAUCGCUAGUUUUCAAUUUGGACCACAUUUCUCUCACGUUCCAGCUGGUAUCGGCCCAAAUGUGCGCCCUAUUUGUGAACGUUAUGAUGAACAAAUAGCGGAGGAUGUGCUUUAUGAUAUGCUUGACGAAAUAGAAUACGCUGAAGACGCGGCUAAACAAACUCCUCAAACCGAGACAGCAACCAAUUUGUCUAUCGUCCAAGAACUUAAAGAGUUCAACUAACACCGGAAGGAAUUCCAUAUGGCGUUAAAAGCCAAAUGUAUAUUAUAGAUUCAUAUUCAUGAUAUCGGAUCAAUCCUAAUUAGUUACCUGUAAGAACGGAGUAUAGAUUUUGUUUGAAACCUUUAUCGUAAAUAUUGUCUACUUGUGACAUAGAGGUAAGUAGUUCUGCA